UACAAAAAGUUAUGUCAAAACAAAUUGCUGACAUUCUCAGGAACAAAGGUGGAUGUGUUGUAGAAUAUAAAUGUUUAUAACAUGUAUACCACUAAUCUGAUAGACGUAGAAAGAGAGAGAAUAUGAUAGUUAAUUUUCUGAUCUUUGUUUUAUGGACGACAGAGAGCGUUGCUGGCUUUGCAUUUAAACCGUAUCAGCGAAAUAUACAAGUUGAACUUGGAAAUAAGGCAGUGUUUGUUUGGAAAUUUGACCUGGCUAAUAGCGAAACUGUCACCUUCAUCAGACUUGGCUUUGUUUAUUACAAGGAUGGUGUAAAAGAAUAUGCUGUAGUUGCUUCAUAUUCAAAAGCAUUAUUAGAAGUAAAUCCAAUAUAUGUUUGGUAUGAAGAGCACGCAACUUUCAAAGUCAACACUGCAGCAAGAGAGAUACAGAUGUCUAUACCAGUUCAAGAUUUGAAAAAUGAUAAUAAGAUAUAUUUCUGCGAUAUUCAUUCCCCAACCUUGCAAUCUGCUUACACUAAACUGAAAGUUAUAUAUGCGCCUAUGUUUCGUUUAACGUCUGACUCUCCUAAAAUUGUUCGAGAGAAAGAUUCAACAACAUUAAUUUGUAAUGUUGAUGCAAAGCCUGGCGCAGACAUCCAAUGGUUAAAGAAUGGUUUUAUUGUUUCACAAUCAAAAAAUUCCACUUCACAAAGUUUAGUGUUAAAUUCUGUUAGUCGGACAAGCAGUGGGAAUUACACAUGUUUUGCUUCUAAUAUUGUAGGAAAUAUAUCAUACCAUGUUGUCCUUAUUGUACAAUAUGCUCCAGUAAUAAACCAACAACUUUCAAGUCAUCGUAUUGUGAGUUAUCUUGAUAACCCAAAACCUGUUUAUAUAAAUUGCGUAGCAGAUGGAAUACCUAAACCAACUUAUAAAUGGAAUGGACCUGUUAAUCAAAAUGAAAUUGGAAUGAACAGCUCAUAUGUUUUAACGUUUCCUCGUUAUACUGACUUCGGCAUAUAUCUAUGUGAAGCAAGUAAUGACCUCGGUGCAGCAAGACAUGAAGUAAAAGUUGUGCGGCUAAGUAAACCUGGAAAGGUCGAAAUAAAGGAUUUGGACUACAGCGCAAGAUCUGUUAGGUUUACUACGAAACUCCCAACUGAUUUGGGCAAUGGUGUUUUAAAAGAACUGAUACUUUCAUAUCGAUUUUUUAUGGGGAAUGAAGUCAGAAAGGUUGUACUUAAUUGGAAUAAAACCUACCAUAUUCAUAAUGGCUUAACACCCUAUUCACACUAUGUGAUGAAUAUUACAGUAAAGAAUGAAAUAUUUGAAGGAGUUGGUCAAAAAAUAGAAUUUGAAACUUUAACUGAUGCUCCUGGUCCACCUGUAGUGCCUGAUCUAACUGCAUUAUCUUCAGCAGUAAUGAAUGUCUCAUGGCAACAACCGAUUGAACCUAAUGGCGUAAUCACAAACUACUCUGUGAAGUUUUUUGAAAAAGAAGCUGAAACAUUUGAGGAUGCUAUUUCGGUACCAAAUCCUUCCACAACUUUUGCUGUUUUUGAGAAUUUAAAACCAUACACAUUGUAUGUGGCUGCAGUAAAGGCUGCUACAUCUGCUGGUUACGGUGAAUGGUCCUUACUUGCUGAAAAGCGCACUGAUCCAAUAGCUCCAGCAACUCCAGAAAAUAUAUCAGUAAUUGUAGUCAAUUUCCAAACUAUAAAAGUGUAUUGGAAGGCGCCUCAAAAUAGCCAAGCUCCAAUAACCAAAUACGAACUUCAGUAUCAUUGUGUUUCUAAAGAAGAUAGCUCCGAAACUAAACCAAAAAUAACUCCUGGUACAUCAGGCGGACGUUAUGUGCAAAUAAACAGUAUGUUAUCAUACUCUGAUUGUAAACUGAUACUUCGAGAGGGUGCAGGAGAGAAACCAACAUGGAGUAAUUACUCUCAAGUAACAGAGUUUGUAAUGCCAGAGGGAGCUCCUGAUAUUGUGACAGAAUUUGAGACAAUUCGAUACAGCUACAAUAAAGUGUAUCUAAAAUGGAACCGACCAUUAAAAAUACAUGGCAACUUACAGAAAUUUACAAUCAUCUAUAAAAAUAUCACUGAUCGUUAUGAAAGUGAAGUAACAGAUCAAUUGAAUAAUAUGACAUUUUAUCACACACUUGAUUUCCUAAAACCAGACUCAAUAUAUGAAAUUAAUGUAUACGCACAUUCAAAAGGAGCAGUUUCCAAACCAAGUCAGACUGUCACAGUAACUACACAGAAAUUCACCGGUUUGGCUGGACCAAACACUGAUUCUAAUGGUGGAUCAAAUACCGGAGCGAUACUCGGUGGUGUCUUUACUGUAUUGUUUGUCAUUAUAUUGGUUGUGAUUGUAUUUUUAUAUAUAUCACGGAGAAAGCGUCUAAAGAAUGCUACAUCAGACAGCUCUGGAGCUGGCUUUGUUAAAUUAGCUGUCACUGAAUCAUCAACUGUGAUAGUGGAGAUAGCAAAACCAAGCCUUCAGUCUUGUGAUAAUUCUUCAAAGUUUAGAGCUAUACGACCGAUCCCUAUCACUACGUUGAGAGAUUAUGUAAAUAAAAAUCAUGGAAGUAAAGAUAAAGGAUUUAUUGAUGAGUUUAGAUCAAUCAAACCUGUCGGUGAUUUUACGUACGAAGUUAGUAAUAGACCUGAAAACAAGUGUAAAAAUAGAUACGCCAAUAUUUUGGCAUAUGAUCAUACUCGUGUUGUAUUGAAUACUGUUGAAAAUCUUGAUGGAUCAGAUUAUGUAAAUGCAAACUAUAUUGAUGGCUACAAGAAGAAGGCGAAGUUUAUUGCAAGUCAAGGACCUGUCGUUGCUGCAUUCGACGAUUUUUGGAGGAUGGUAUGGGAACAAAAUACACACACCAUUGUUAUGGUAACAAAUCUUGUGGAAAGAAGUCGGAUCAAAUGUCAAAAGUACUGGCCUUCUGAAAUUGGUAAGGUGCAAGUACAAGGUAGCAUUCACAUCAAAGCAUUAGAUGAAAUCGAACUGGCUGAUUACGUCAUUCGGACGUUUAAAGUUUCUCUGGUAAGAUCAGAUGGAACAGAGCAAGCUUCUCGCAAAGUGACACAGUAUCAAUUUUUAAGCUGGCCUGAUCAUGGUGUUCCUCAGUAUGCCACUGGACUUCUUCAAUUUGUAAAAAGAAUAAGAUCACUGUCUCAUGAAAAUGUUGGACCAAUUCUUAUACACUGCAGCGCGGGUGUUGGACGUACCGGAACGUUCAUAGCUCUGGAUGCCAUGUUGGAUCAGAUUGAAGAUGAGAAAGUUGUGGAUAUUUUAGGGUUUGUUACACACAUGAGAAGUCAAAGAAACCUCAUGGUGCAAACAGAGCCUCAGUAUAUCUUCGUAUAUGAUGCGCUGUUAGAAUCAGUAGCAUGUGGAAAUACAGAAGUAUUUACUAAUGAUAUACCAACCAGGAUUAAACAUUUGUGCUCAAUUAACCCUGGAACGACACGGACAUACAUGCAGGAAGAGUUCGAGAGGCUGAGCAUGAAUAUUGAUGAUAAAAGCCAAUACGAAGCCGCCAUGUUACCUUAUAAUAAACCUAAAAAUAGAUUCCAGCAAGUUCUUCCUUAUGAGUCAACACGAAUAAAACUAUGGCCUUAUCCAAACGUUGAAGGCUCUGAUUACAUUAACGCAAGUUUUGUUGAUGGUUACCAACAAAGAGAAGCUUACAUGUUGACACAAGCACCGUUAGAAAACACUAUACACGAUUUCUGGAGAAUGUUAUGGGAGUAUGAAGUCUUCUCAAUUGUCAUGAUAUCAAGUCCAACGGAACGAGAUAUGCACCAUUGUUAUCCGUAUUGGCCAGUAAACAAUGAACCAACCUUGUUUGGUUUAUUGCGUGUGCAAAUUGCUGCCGAAGAAGAAAGAAAUGGUUAUAUAAGAAGAGAGUUUCGUGUGACGAAUUCGAAGAAUGGAGAAUCACGUGUCAUCUCCCACUUCAUGUAUUUUGAUUGGCCAACAGACGGCGCGCCAUCUGAAUCGACCGCGAUUAUUGAAAUGAUUGGUCAGCUGCAAAAGUCGCAACAACAAACCGGCAACAAUGCUAUUGUCAUUCAUUGCAGCGAUGGAUCAGGUCGAAGCGGAGCGUUAACCGCAUUGAUGUACUGUUUGGAGAAGGUGAAGUUAGAAGGUGUGAUCGAUGUAUUUCAAACUGUGCGGUCGAUGCGUACACAAAGAACGUCGCUUGUACAGCAUUUGGACCAGUACCAGUUUAUUUACACGUCCAUCCGCAAAUUUUUAGACUGUUUUAGCAACUACGCUAAUUUUAAGUAAACAUGCAAGGAAAAGUCUGCACAGGUUGAACACUCUACUCACGAUGUUAAAAAUAAUCCACACACAACGAGAGAUGGUCUGGUUUCGGCUGUCUUCUUAAAUAAAGGCAGACCGUGUUGUCAAUAUCUUGAGAAUAGCACUGUUAUCGUUGUUAACUCUCUGCAGUUGAUAAAGUAUGUAUACAUUCAAGUAUUUUGCUCGAUAUUAUUUUAAUUUUGUACGAUAUAUUUCUCGGCACUUCGAAUUUUCUGUUAAAGUGUUUAUUUCGUGAUCUGACUUUUUUCUUUGUCUAAACCGCCUCAAAAAUUACUUAAAAAUCAAUAGAAAGGCAGAUCACAUUUGCACUCCUUCGUAGUUUAUUUUGACGAUAGAUUUUUUGAAGCGAUUUCGUGGAACGUUGAAUGACGGUAGAUGUUUAUAUUCUUAUGCGAAACAUCAUUCUGUUCCUACGAUAGAGAACUUAUUUAUUUUAUUUCUUCAGAAGUAUAUAUUUUCUACUGUACAAUAUUUGUUACUUAUAUUUUAAAUUUUACAAUUCCACUGCACUUGCCUCUAUAUGAGAACGAGGCUGUGAUUAAUUUAUUAGUUGUUUAAAUUUUUGUACUUCUUUCCAAACCGUUACUUUAAAGACUAGAAAGCUUUGUUUUAUUUCGACGCAUUAAUUUGAUUGGUAGUUUGACCCACGUGAUUAACCGCACUAUGUAACAAAGUAAAUAUUUUAUUUUUUAUGUAGUUUUCAAACAUUGUUCGUAUGUAUAUUUUUAUAAAAGUUGAUUUUGUUGAAUAAAAGACUAAACCGAACAA